UUCGUGCAUUUUGAAAAAUAAUCUCUGACCGGACUAAGAAACAAACAACAAACAAACCAUAAUCUCGGAAUGAUUUCAUUUAUUAGCAUUCUGAAUUCUGAUCCUCAACUCAGCAACAAGUCCAUAAACCUGCGUUAUUUAUUAAGAACGCACGCACAAAUUAAAGCUAGUACUCUUAUUAAACUUGAACGGCCGCGGUUGAUCUCAGCUAGGAGCGCGCCACGAAACUCUUCAGCUGCUCAUCCCCAUUAAAGAAAUCAACGUCGUCAUGCUGCAGCUCCACCCAAACUUCAAUCCCGCCCCCUUCCUUGUUACCCAGCAUCAGCACAUGGUUCUUGAUCCCGACGCCCGCCACGCUCGUCCAUUCCGGCUUCCCCCACCCCAAGUCCGCCUCGUAGAACCCGAACUUGCUCCAGUCGGUAGCCCACACCACCACCACAUCCUCGCUCAGGGACUUCUCCGACGACAACUUCGACGUCUGGAGCAACUGCCUGCGUCCUGCCUCUGACAGAGCCGUCCGACACUCCUCCACCGUCCUCAGCACGUCCCGCCGAAGGACCCCCGUGAAGUCCGCGAAUCCCAUCGCCGCCACCUCGUCGGAGCUGAGCUCGGUGAUGGACAGUGCCGCCAGGUUGCCGCAGCUGUGCUUCGGCAGAGGCGGCACUGUCCGUUCCCGCAUGUUCACCGCCUGAACGAUGAGCAUCCCGCGGGACCUGCCGUUCCUGGCCCGGUCAAUGCCCGCGAUGGCAUUGACUAUCAAGCCGCAGACCAACUGAACCCGCGAGAAGAGCGGGCCCUGCGGCCCGGCGACGGCUUCUCUCAUUCUGGAUAUAGAGUUUUUGUUAAAGGCGUACUUCUUGGGUGCGAGGUUGUACAGCCUGUUCUGCCUCGUCCGGCUGGUACCGAACUCCGGAGCCGGGAAACCCCUCCCCGGGAAGACCUGCGGCCCGUCAAAACUCGGGGAAACAACUUCCCCGAGCUUUGUCGACGGGCCACAGGCGUUCCGCCAGGCGGCAAUGAAUGUCCCGAGGCCACAGGCGUCGACUAGCCGGUGGGAAAUACACACGGCGACGGACACGCCACCGCAUCGAAACCGGGUGACUUGGACUGCCAGUAUGGGAUCGUUUUCCUCGUCGGCUUCGCCGAUCUCGAGCGGCGAGAGAUCGUUAAGCUGGUCGACCUCAACUUCGGCAAUCUGAUGCAGGUCAGUGUGAGCCGCUUCCGCCACUGCAAGCAGAGCUCCCUGGUCGCUGCAAUCGACCAAGUGGUGCUCCUUGACGUACCUUCCGGCAAAGGGAUAAAACUGUGGCAGCACUUUCGCCAUGGAUUCUUCCAGGUGGUCGAGCUUCUGGGUGAAGUCUGGGACGGAGGGGUAAUAGAGAAUGAUGAUAGUGUUCAUGGUUGGAUUGAGCUCGUCCAUGGAGGAGAUCCUGUACUUCCUCAAGUUUUGGGGGGUGGGGGUGCAAGGCUUGAUAAGCUUCUUGCUCACACACACAACCUCCAUCUUCUUCAUUGCAAAAGAAAGGACCGGAGCGAAUUGGUAGCUACUUUGAACUAACUAGCUAGUUAGACAACAAUGGUGCAGUUUCAUUACAAGCUAG